CGCGGCCGCCCGGGCUCCUCCUCCGGCCGGCCGGGAGCCAAUGCGCGGGGCGGACGGAUGGCGGCCCGAGUGUGGUGGGGUUCGGGAGGCGGCGCAGAGCGCCGGGAUAUGGCGCAGCACAGCACCUUGCUGCACUUGCUCGCCGGAGGAUCUCAUUGAUGAAAGAACAGUUGUUUGCUUGAUAUGUUCUACAAGAACUGGGGAUCAUCAGAUGAAACUUGAGAGAUGUGGUGGCACAGCUGGAGCCAUCCUGACAUGUCCCCUGGAAGUGGUGAAGACACGUCUGCAGUCAUCCCAACUGACACUGCGGCCUCUGUGCCUCUCAGAGAUACACCUGCCAGGGAUGAGUGUGAGGCUGAUGAACCCCACCCCACCGUCUCCUGGAAUGCUCAAGUUGAUGAGGACCAUCCUUGAGAAGGAAGGCAUACGAUCCCUGUUCCGAGGUCUGGGUCCAAACCUUGUUGGGGUUGCACCCUCCCGGGCUAUAUAUUUUGCUGCCUAUUCUGGUGUUAAGGAGAGGCUUAAUGCUGUCCUUGUACCGGAGUCCAAGAAAGUACACAUGCUAUCAGCAGCCUGUGCAGGCAUUACCUCUUCAACACUCACCAACCCUAUCUGGUUAGUGAAAACCAGGAUGCAGCUGGAAGCCAGGGUGAAGGGGGAGAUGACCAGUAAUGCACUCCAAUGUGCCAUGCAUGUGUACCAUACUGAAGGCCUUCGUGGAUUUUACCGUGGUAUCACUGCCUCCUAUGCUGGAGUGUCGGAGACCAUCAUACACUUUGUCAUCUAUGAAGCACUCAAACAGCAGCUGAAAAACAGCCAUCAUUCCCUUUCCCCACCACUCACACUUUCACCAAACAGCCAUGAUUUCUUUGGACUAAUGGGAGCUGCUGCUGUCUCCAAAGCAUGUGCCUCAUGCAUUGCAUAUCCACAUGAGGUCAUUCGGACACGGUUGCGAGAAGAAGGGUCACGAUACCGUUCCUUUGUACAGACUCUGCAGCUUGUGGUCCAUGAAGAGGGACCCUUGGCUUUAUACCGAGGACUCCUGGCUCACUUGAUCCGCCAGAUCCCAAACACAGCUAUCAUGAUGGCUACCUAUGAACUCAUCAUACAUUUGGCCUCUUCCACCUUGUGAGCGUGCUGUAGCACCUGGCUGAGGCUGGUGUAGAGAUACAGGGACUUCAUGGUCCUGAGACUCAGUUUUUUUCAUUGCUCUGAGAGGUGGUGCUUUUCAUAGCAUAUCAGAACUGGGUCAGGCAUAGCAUGCUUGGGACAUAAGACUAUUUUGUGCAAAGUUUUUUGCUCCAAUGUGCAAAAUGUUGCCUUUCUUCUUUCUGGAGACUUGAAUUAUUCUGGUGUUUCAAGGUGUCAGGGCACUGUUUUGAUAGUGCCUGCUGUAAGUUCUUUGUAUUAAACAAGGGCAUGGAAUUUACUGGCAAGGAGACAAAGGAGAAAGCGUAAGAGUAUCUUAGACAGCCUUAGCAUGUUCACUUCUUUUGCACCCAGUCACAACCAUAUGUGGGUACAGUUGGACAUGAAGACAGGCUAGAGCGGAGAGAACUGUAGCAAGCAGAGAUCUCAUGCUGAGACCUUUAGUGCCCUCAGAGGGGCUCUUAGACUCUCACCUGCUGUGCUGCCUUCCUGCCUGUGAGGAGAAUUCCUCAGCCUUGGCUACCAGCAAAUAUCCUAUGGCAGAAUCUUCCUUUGGGUCCAUAACAUGUUGCAGCCUUUGCCCCAAGAUGUGUCAGGCAGUUGACGGCCUCUUUUUGUCUUGCAGGGUCUGACUAAUCAGACCAAGUACAUCAAGGGAAGAAGCACAACCUGCUAUGAAGCACUACAUGAGCAACUACUACUGGACUCACAGCCAUGUUUUGCCAAUAUCUGUUGUUUUUCCAUCCCUUCCAUUUCCAAAAGAAAGAGGAGGACGCUGCCUUCCCUCAGAAGUACUGGGGCUGUUCUGCUAUUAUACAAGCUAGACACCAUAGAUACUGUUUUAUGCUGGUAAAGAAGGUGGAUCAGGUGAAAAGAUGGGUGAAUCUGAGGAUUUGGCCUGUUUCUGUUGAUGAUACACUAAGUGUAUGGAAAGAGCCUUAUUUUUUUUUUCUGUAAUCAAGAAUUCAGUUUGCUGCAUUACACUUGCCUGUGACAGGCUGGUAGGCCUUCUGUUCCUCUGUGGGUUCCUACCCCUGUGUCCUGGGGCUACAUUGUGUUUAUGAAGAGUAUUUUGACUCUUAAAAAGGUGGGGGGUAGGGUCAUGGGUGUUGUGUUUUUUCUUGUUCCAACACAUAUACUAAAAAGCCCUUGAGGUAAGGCAGUGGUUUCAGUAAAUACAUGCUCUAGACAGUCUCCAGUCUCACAUUACAGGCUACACUGGCUGUUUCUCUGCUUGUAGUGAAAAACUACAGAAGCCCUGAAUAUUUUAUUUGAAAUCCAUUUAUUUUAAAAUCCACUUUGUUUCCUCAUUCUUCUUAUCUUCAUUCAUUUAGUUUAGGCGUAUCGACAAUUUUACAAAGCGACACAAGCUGCAGUGUGUUUUUUUUCAUGAAACAAGAAUAAACCUCAAACAACAACAUUGAAAAAA